AUGUAUGUUCUUGAUAAUAAUAAUAAUGCUCGUCGUAGUAGUGGUGGUAGUGGUCGUAGUAGUACAAUUAUAAUGUUACGAAUAAAUAGGUGUGACCAACAACAAAAGAGGGAGGUGGAAAGAAAGAAAGAAAUUGUAGCUGCUGAUAGUGUUGGUGUUGGUGAUAUGAAUACGAAAAUCGAUCAAUUUGUAGUACCUGGAGAUGCGAUUGGACAAAUAGAUGAUCUCAAAGUUAGAAUAGGUCCUGGUUUGUUACAGAACAAGGAUCAAGUAGUCGCUAGUAAAGCCGGUGUACUUAGAUUCAGCAAGUUUCAUAAAUUCUAUUGGAUAGAGAAUGAACAGAAACGAUAUGUUCCACAAGCAGAAGAUAUGGUAAUUGGUAUUAUAUUAGAGAAACAUCCGGAAUCAUUUAAAGUAGAUAUUGGCAGUAGUUCACCUGCAAUGUUAUCAGCCUAUUCAUUCGAAGGCGCAACCAAAUCAAAUAAACCAUUGUUGUCUAUUGGUAAUUUAGUAUAUUGUAGAGUUUUAGUUGCCAACAAAGAUAUGGAACCAGAGUUGGUUUGCGUAUCGAUACGUAACAAGGCAGAGGGUUUUGGUCAAUUGAUUGGAGGUUACAUGUUUAAUUGUUCUUUAGGUUUGUCUCAUUAUUUAUUAUCAGAGGAUUGUAGUAUAUUAAAAAUUGUUGGAACACAUAUACCAUAUGAAAUUGCAGUUGGCGUCAAUGGAAGAGUAUGGGUGAAUAGCGCAUCCAACCAAAACACAAUUAUCACAACAAACACCAUUUUAAAUUCACAGUAUAUGCCAGACGACCAAAUCGAAUCAUUUAUCAUCAAAUCUUUAGCUGCCUCUCAACCAGUUUAA